GGUGGGAGUCUGCGGUGGCGCUUUGGCGGCGGCCGGAGCAGCACGCACGCGGUGUACGGGAACAUGGCGGACGCGGAAGUAGUUGUUCUUCCAAAGAAGCAUAAGAAGAAAAAAGACCGGAAAUCAUUACCAGAAGAUGAUAUAGCUGAAAUACAACACGCUGAAGAAUUCCUUAUCAAACCCGAAUCGAAAGUGGCACAGUUAGAUACAUCUCAGUGGCCCCUGUUGCUAAAGAAUUUUGAUAAGCUUAAUGUCAGGACGACACAUUAUACACCUCUUCCUAGUGGCUCCAACCCUCUGAAGAGGGAAAUUGGGGACUACAUCAGGACAGGCUUCAUUAAUCUUGACAAGCCCUCUAACCCGUCUUCCCAUGAGGUGGUAGCCUGGAUCCGACGAAUACUUCGGGUGGAGAAGACAGGGCACAGCGGUACUCUGGACCCCAAAGUGACUGGCUGUUUAAUCGUGUGCAUAGAACGAGCCACUCGUUUGGUGAAGUCACAGCAGAGUGCAGGCAAAGAGUAUGUGGGAAUUGUUCGGCUGCACAAUGCCAUUGAAGGGGGGACCCAGCUCUCCAGGGCCCUGGAGACUCUGACAGGUGCCCUCUUCCAGCGACCCCCACUUAUCGCUGCGGUGAAGAGGCAGCUCCGAGUGCGGACCAUCUACGAGAGCAAAAUGAUCGAAUAUGACCCCGAAAGGAGAUUAGGCAUCUUUUGGGUGAGCUGUGAGGCUGGCACCUACAUUCGGACACUGUGUGUGCACCUUGGUUUGUUAUUGGGAGUUGGUGGUCAGAUGCAAGAACUUCGAAGAGUUCGUUCUGGAGUCAUGAGUGAGAAGGACCACAUGGUGACAAUGCAUGACGUACUUGAUGCUCAGUGGUUGUAUGACAACCAUAAGGAUGAGAGCUACCUGCGGCGAGUUGUGUACCCUUUGGAAAAGCUGUUGACAUCUCACAAACGGCUUGUUAUGAAAGACAGUGCGGUGAAUGCCAUCUGCUACGGGGCCAAGAUAAUGCUUCCAGGUGUUCUUCGCUAUGAAGAUGGCAUUGAAGUCAAUCAGGAGAUCGUUGUCAUUACCACCAAAGGGGAAGCCAUCUGCAUGGCAAUUGCACUGAUGACCACAGCAGUGAUCUCUACGUGUGACCAUGGCAUAGUAGCAAAGAUCAAGAGAGUGAUCAUGGAGAGAGACACCUACCCUCGCAAGUGGGGUUUGGGCCCAAAGGCAAGUCAGAAGAGGCUGAUGAUUAAGCAGGGCCUUCUGGACAAGCACGGCAAACCCACGGACAGCACCCCUCCCGCCUGGAAGCAGGACUACGUGGAGUACAGUGGGAAAGAAGUGGUUGCUGACGAAGUGAAGGGCCCACAUGUGGUUGAAGCAGUGCAAGCCCCCAAGCGGAAACGUGAGAGUGACAGUGAAAGUGAUGCCAGCCCUCCAGCAGCUCCUCAGUUGGUCAAAAAGGAGAAGAAGAAAAAGAAGAAGGCCAAAGUUGUUGCAGAAAGUGGAGGAGAGCCUGCAGAAGGGGACAGUGACAGCAGCAAGAAGAAGAAGAAGAAGAAGAAGGCUAAAGCUGUGGAGGUGCUGUCUGACUAGCGAAGGCUGUGUGCAUCACUGUGUUAGCUGGGCAAAGGCUGGGCACUGAGCCGCAGAGGCACACUGGAGCUGUGACCCGAGACCUGGCCGAUGGCAGCCUGCUUGUCCUGUUUUAAGGAUGUGGGUGAUGAAAGAGGCAGAUGAUGCCACUGGCUGUUGUGCAUGGGAGGCCUUACCUUAAGAGCCACUACUGCCCAGUAGCUAAGUAUGCACGGCGCUUGGCAGUUUCUCGCUCCUCUCCUCCACACUGAAGGAGCCUGGGAGGACAGCGUUCAGUUCUGGUGGCGGCUUGAGUGUACAGCAGUGUUCGCCUAAAGCCAUCUGGUGCUUGGGGCUGUGGCUCAGGCUGAACCGUCCCUGUACCCUCUUUUAACCCUCAUUCUCUUAAAUAAUGCAAUAGCUCAUUGCUAGAAGCAGAGUGUUGUAAUUUGUACUUAUUAAAGUUGACUUAUUAAGUUUUUAA